ACCAACUCGGACGCGAACGAAACCCCACGACCCCUCUACCCCCCGCACUCGUACACACUCCACACCACACUUCGCAGCGACUCUCAUCUAUUCAGCAUGAGCGGCUUCCAAGACGUCCGCGAUGUCAUGGACAUCACCGGUCCUGUCGAGGGCCUUCCGCGCCCACCACCGGCAAAGAAACAGAAGACAGUGGAAAAGCGACCAGACGGUAUCACUCGCGAGCUGUUCGCGCUCCUGGGAGAGAACCCACCUCCAGUUGCCAUCGUCGAGAAUAAGUUCAAAGAGAAGCCGCGGUGGAUGGGAAAGGCGAAUCCAUGGGUGUGGAAAGGCUUCCAGAAUCCUGCUCGCGGCGACGACCUGGUGCUCCACCACUGGGAGCGCAAAUCCGACAGCCCGGGCGACGUCGUUUACAAGUUCAGCAAGUUCAAUGUUAAGGUCGACGUGCCCGAGUACACCAAUGGCGAAUACGAGGUUCUCAAGAACGACGAUUGGACGAAGGACGAGACUGACUACCUCUUCGCGCUGUGCCGCGAGUACGACCUGCGCUUCCCGAUCAUCUGGGAUCGCUACGAGUGGCCGGAUAAGAAGCGCAGCCAGGAAGAUCUAAAGGCGAGGUACUACUUGGUCUGUCGCGUAUUGAUGGAACUGCGGACUCCCAUGGGGCAAAUGACGCCCGAGGAGAUCAGCACAUUCAACCUCAUGAAUUUCGACAAGGAGCGGGAAGUGAUGCGCAAGGCGAUGGCUGAGCGACAGUUCAACAAGACUGAGGAGGAGUUCAAGGAGGAAGAGAUGUUGUUGGCGGAGCUCAAGAGGAUCGUUGGCAAUCAGGAACGCAUGUUCGAGGAGCGCCGGGAUCUUUUCCAGCGCCUCAACUUCCCGCCGACGACCGGAUCCAUCGCGCCAUAUACCGGCAGCCAGGGCCUCACGCACCUGCGCGAUCUGAUGCUCUCGAGCUCGGACAAGAACAAAAAGAGGAAGUCGAUCGCAUUGGGACAGGCCAAUGGCGCCGGCGGCAACAGCGCAGAGACUGCUCAACCGACUCCGACAUCUGCCAACUCAAUUGACAGGAGCGCUAUCGGCGGCGGCGGCGCCGGUGGCAGUGGACCGGGAAACACCAAGGAGCGGGAAAGUAAAGAAGUCAAGCGCAGAAAGCUGUCGAAAGAAGAAGAGGCCAUGUACGGAGUUUCCAACCACGACAAACUGGCGUCGGGCGUCAAGCUGCGCUCGGGCAUGGUCGCCAGCAACGUCAAGGGAGCGACCGCCACCAAGGUCGCGAACGCGCUAGCGCAGAUGGGCAUCGGCAAUCUGACGAUGCCCACGGCCAAAACGGUGCAGAAGUACGAGCAGCUUCAGAGCUCGGUGGGUGUGCUCCUCGAUACAAGGAAGCUCGUGGAUAAAAUGGAGCAGGAGGCGCGGGUCCUCAAGGCUCAGCUGGAACUCAGGGAGAACUGAGAAGGGUAUUCGUUCCUCUACUUGGCGUUGGUUCUUUUUGGUCUGUGGUUGUCUUUGUGAUUGGGGUGGAAACGUAUCUUCAAAUCUCUUGCUUCGGUGUUGUUCCUCUCGAGUAUUUUUUUAGUUUUUUUUUCUUUUCGAAUUUCUUGUGUUGGGAUCACGUAAUAUCACCAUCACCAUCACUCUUUUUCUUCUUCUUUUCUUCUUCAUCUUCUUCAUCUUCUUCAUCUUCUU